UUAGAAGAAACCAAUUUGGUGGCACAUUUACCAAUCUCUAAUGAAAGGUUAAACGAGCUUAGACGUGCAACAGCUGCAGAUCCUGUGCUUCAGAAAGUUCGUGAAUAUGUUGAGAAAGGCUGGUCAACGUCAAAACAAUAUCUACCACCUGAUGUUAUUCCGUAUUAUUCGCUUCAGAGUGAGAUCUCGUAUCAAAAUGGUCUUCUCUUCAAGUCAGGAAGAAUUGUAGUUCCACAAACGUUACGAGAAGAUAUGACUAAACGACUGCAUAGUUCCCAUCUUGGAGUCGAAGGCUGCUUGAGAAGAGCUCGAGAAAUUUUAUAUUGGCCUAAAAUGUCGAGUCAAGUUAAAGAGUUGGUAUCGAAAUGUUCAGUGUGCAACACGUAUCAACCGAAACAGUGCAAAGAACCACUUAUAUCUCAUGACUCACCUGCUUUGCCAUGGUCUAAGGUGGGAGUUGAUUUAUUUAUUUUUUGAAAACAGAAAUUACGUGAUAACAGUUGACUAUUUUUCUAAUUUUUUUGAAGUAGAUUAUUUAACGAGUACUACUACGACCAGUAGUACGACGGCAGUUGUUAAGAAGUUGAAGGAGCAAUUCAGUCGUCACGGGAUUCCAGAAACAGUGUUUACCGACAACGGUCCUCAGUUUCUUUGCAAAGAGUUCAGGGAGUUUUCAAAUGAGUGGGAGUUUGAGCAUUUAACGUCAUCUCCUCGGUAUCCCCAAUCCAAUGGAAAGGUCGAAAAUUCAGUGAAAACCUGUAAGUUAUUGAUGAAGAAAGCGUUCUUGUCGAAAGCUGAUGUUCACCUUGCAUUGUUGGAGUUUAGGAAUACACCCAGUGAACGGGAUGGUGUCAGUCCGUCACAAAAAUUGUUUUCGAGAAGAACUAGGACUUGCCUUCCAAUGACAAAAGAUCUGUUGAAACCUCGUGUCAUUGAUGCUGAGAAAGUUGUAACUGGCGCUGAACAAGCGAAAGAGAAGCAGAAAGAAAAUUACGAUGUGAAAGCUCGUAUUUUAGUACCUCUGGAAGCAGGGGAAAUCGUUCGCAUGAGAUUGCCAGAAGAGCAGAAAUGGUCUCUUGGAACCUGUAUUAAGCAAGUUGGUCCUCGUUCGUACGAAGUGCGUUGCGGUGAAAGAACCUACACACGAAAUCGGCGUCAUAUUAGGAAAACCGCGGAAAAGUUUCGAGAUUCGGGGAGACCCUCGGAUAAUGCAGAGUGCCAGACAUUUUGUAAGCCAAUCGUCUCUACUAGUAAUUCAAUGACUGGCCCGGAAGACCCAGUAUCAUUAAGGAGAUCAACCAGAGACAGAAAACCACCGGACAGGUAUCAAGCAUAA